GGAGGUCAGUCUUGGGGACAGUGUUUAGUGACACAGCAAGUUACUACAAGUGCUAACUAAUCUACGUAAAGCAGGGGGAAGCACAUUUUCGGUUGACAAGACAGGAUCUGAACACUUCCCUUUUCUUGUACUGUAGAUGGGAGAUCCAAUCCAGUUAAAAGACGAAGGCAACAAGCACUUCCAGGCCAAUGAAUAUGACAAAGCUGCUGAAUGCUACACAAUGGCCAUCAAGGUUUGUAAGGACAAAAAAGUUCUGGCAAUUCUCUACAGGAACAGAGCAGCCUGUUACUUAAAAAAGGAGCAUUAUGCACAGGCAGCAUCUGAUGCAUCAAGAGCUAUCGAUAUCGAUGCCUCAGACAUUAAAGCCUUGUACAGGCGAUGCCAGGCAUUGGAAAAGCUGGGGAAACUGGACCAGGCUUUUAAAGAUGUCCAGAGAUGUGCCACGAUUGAGCCCAAAAACAAAACCUUCCUGGAGACGUUGCGGAGGCUGGGAGCAGAGAUUCAGGGGAAGCUGAAGGUCCAGUUCUCCACUGAUUCCAGAGUACAGACCAUGUUUGACAUCUUGCUUGGUGAUGACGCAGACAAGGAUAAGAAAGAAAAGGCUGCAAACAACUUGAUUGUCCUUGCAAGAGAAGAUGGAGGAGCAGAGAGAAUCUUUCAGAACAAUGGAGUCAAUUUGCUUCUCCAGCUGAUUGAUACCGGCAAGCCUGAGAUGAUUCUGGCAGCAAUAAGAGCCAUGUCUGGCAUUUGCACUGGCCAUAAAGCUAGGGCAACUGCUAUAGUCCAUAUGGUUGGAAUUGAGAAGCUGUGCAGCAUUUUGGGAGUGGACCAUGAAGAAAUUGCCCUGGCCACCUGUAACCUUUUCCAGUGCAUCUAUGAUUCCCUUUCUGGCAAGGACAAGAGAGACCAUGGAAAGGAAGAAGCUCUGGUUCUUGAUACCACAAAGGAUCUCAAAGCAAUUCUGUUAGCUCUGUUGGAUAUGGUCAUCAAUAAAAACGUGUCAGGACAUGGACGAGACCAAGCUCUCAAUCUGCUGACCAAGAAUGUGCCCAGAACAAACAAAAAGGACCCUGAUCACUCCAAGACACUCUUCACCAUUGACCAUGGUUUAAAGAAGAUUUUGAAAGUGGUAGGGCAGGUUCCAGAUCUCCCUGACCAGCUGCCUAUGACUGACAACACGCAGCUCAUUGCCAGCGUCCUUCUCAACAAGCUCUACGACGACCUGCGCUGUGACCCCGAGAGAGAUAACUACCGGGAGAUAUGUCAGGAGUACAUCAAAGGCAAGUUCGACCCCAAAGACAUGGACAAGAAUCUGCACGCCAUACAGACGGUGUCAGGUCUGCUGCAGGGUCCCUUCGACUUGGGGAACAAGAUCUUGGGCAUGCAGGGGGUGAUGGAGAUGAUGGUGGCACUGUGUGGCUCUGAGAGGGAGGUUGACCAGAUGGUGGCGGUAGAGGCCCUCAUUCACGCGUCCACCAAGAUGAGUCGGGCCACCUUCAUCAUCACCAACGGAGUGUCCCUGCUCAAGGACAUCUACAAGAAGACAAAGAAUGAGAAAAUCAAAAUUCGCGCUCUGGUGGGUCUCUGCAAGCUGGGUUCGGCUGGCGGGGAUGAUUACAGCAUGAGGCAGUUUGCAGAGGGCUCCACUGAAAAGCUGGCCAAACAGUGCAGAAAAUGGCUGUGCAAUCCGAACAUCGAUGUCCGCACACGAAAAUGGGCAGUAGAAGGUCUUGCAUACCUCACCAAUGACGCAGAUGUGAAAGAUGACUUUGUGGAAGAUGAACCUGCAUUGAAGGCCAUGUUUGAACUGUCCAAGUCCACAGAUAAGACCAUUCUGUAUGCUGUGGCCUGCACUCUGGUGAACUGUACUAACAGCUAUGAGAAGAAGGAAAUUAUUCCAGAGCUUGUGCAACUGGCUAAGUUUUCCAAGCAGCACGUUCCUGAACAGCACCCCAAGGACAAGAAGGAUUUUAUUGAGAAACGAGUGAAGCGACUGCUGAAGGCUGGUGUGAUCUCUGCACUGACUUGCAUGGUCAAGGCCGAUAACGCCAUUCUGACUGACCAGACCAAAGAGAUGCUUGCAAGAGUCUUCCUUGCCUUAACUGAAGAUCCUAAGGACCAUGGUAUCAUUGUUGCUCAAGGUGGUGGAAAGGCAUUGAUUCCCCUUGCCUUGGAAGGCACUGAGGCUGGAAAGAUAAAAGCUUCUCAUGCACUGGCUAAAAUAGCUGCAAUCGCCAAUCCUGAGAUUGCUUUCCCUGGAGAAAGGAUUUAUGAAGUGGUGCGGCCCCUAGUUAGCCUUCUCAACACAGAGCGAGACGGUCUGCAGAACUUUGAAGCCCUGAGGGGCCUCACAAACCUGGCUGCGCUGAAUGAAAAACUCAGAAAAAAGAUCAUAAAGGAAAAAGCCAUGCCAGAGAUUGAGAACUACAUGUUUGAAGAGCACGAUCAGAUCCGCCAGGCAGCGACAGAGUGCAUGUGCAACAUGAUUGUGUGCAAAGAAGUCCAAGAGAGGUACCUGGAGGAGGGCAAUGACAAGUUAAAACUCCUGGUUCUGCUGUGCGGGGAGGAUGACGAUAAGGUCCAGAUAGCUGCGGCUGGAGCUCUGGCCAUGCUCACGGCUGCCCAGCAGAAAAUCUGCACCAAGGUCACCCUCGUGACCGCACAGUGGCUGGAGAUUCUGCAGAGGCUGUGUCUGCACGACAGGCCGGAAGUACAGCACCGAGGAAUCGUGAUUGUUUACAACAUGAUCAAUGCCGACAAGGAGCUCGCCAAGAAACUCAUCGAGAGCGAGCUCCUGGAAAUCCUCACUGUGAUCGGCAAGCAGGAAGACAGCCCCAUGAAGCAGCCGGCCAUUGAUGCAGCUCGAAACUGCCUUGUGAUCGCAAUGAAUUUAGGACUGAUAAAACCUUACUCUUAGAAAGUUCAAGAAGGCAGUGCAGUACAGUUUAUGCAAUGGGACUGGAUUUUCAGCCAGUCCACAGUAUCACUGGGACUGCCAAUGUAGCCUGCUUUCUGGUAAAGUAGAAUGCUAAGAGGCUUCAGACUUAAUGGCACCAGUACUUAGGGGACAAACAUAAUUUAAUGUCAUUUUUUAUUUCCCAUUUUUGAAACGUUUUUUGUAGUAUCCUUUGUUCAAAAACCUAUUCAAAGCUUAUUGCAAAUCUAAGAGACAGAACCUAUUGUAUUAUUAAUAUUUUCAUCUUGAAUAUAUAAUUAAAAAAACUGGAAUACAUGUUUUCAAAGUAUUGU